UUUUAUCUUUCCUUGAGAAACCCGAAGAAAAUCUCUGUUUCCCGCUUUCUCCAUUCCUGUUUUCCCCAAUUCGCGCGACAAAAAGAGUGUAGAUACGUUGUCCCGUGCGUUUCCGGCGUCGACCUUAGUGACAGCUCAUUAUCUCCACAAUCUCAAACGCCAAAAGGUCUCUAAUUUGGCAGCUUUCAGCAUAAUUGCUUCUCUUUGUGGAGUUAUUGAUUAAGCAUGCCUGAAAUUCAAUUGGGUGCUCAUACAUUAAGAUCCCAUGGAGUCAAAGUGGCUAGGUUCCAUAUGCAUGACUGGCUCAUUCUUCUGCUGCUUGUCGUCAUUGUGGUUGUUUUGAAUGUCAUCGAACCAUUUCACCGCUUUGUUGGAGAGGAUAUGCUCACUGAUCUCAGAUACCCUCUUCAAGACAAUACCAUUCCUUUCUGGGCUGUCCCGUUGAUAGCUGUUGUGCUCCCCUUUGCUGUCAUUGUUGUUUACUACUUCAUCAGAAAUGAUGUUUAUGAUCUGCAUCAUGCAGUUUUAGGUCUUUUAUUCUCUGUACUCAUAACUGGUGUCUUAACCGAUGCUAUAAAGGACGCUGUUGGUCGACCUCGUCCUGACUUCUUUUGGCGUUGUUUCCCUGAUGGUAUAGGGAUCUUUCACAAUGUCACAAGGGAUGUUCUGUGUACUGGAAAUAAAGAUGUGGUCAAAGAGGGACACAAGAGCUUCCCCAGCGGGCACACGUCUUGGUCGUUUGCUGGUCUAGGAUUUCUAGCAUUGUACUUGUCUGGAAAAAUCAAGGUGUUUGACCAGAGAGGGCAUGUUGCAAAGCUCUGCAUUGUGAUCUUACCUCUACUGGUUGCAGCAUUGGUUGGUGUAUCCCGAGUUGAUGACUAUUGGCAUCACUGGCAAGAUGUGUUUGGAGGAGCUAUCAUAGGAUUAACGGUGGCUACGUUUUGUUAUCUGCAAUUCUUCCCUCCUCCAUACCAUCCAGAUGGUUGGGGACCUCAUGCGUACUUCCAGAUGCUCGCGGACUCGAGGAACGAUGUACAAAAUUCAGCAGGAAUGAAUCAUCUAGGUGUGAGGCAAACAGAACUAGAGAGCGUAUACGUUGAUCGAGAAGAGACUCACAUGGAAAUUUCAAGAAGCAACACGAGGGACACAACCCGUAUGCUUGAGAACCGCUAAGUGAAUGUCUUGUAUUACUUUUAUCAGUCUUAGCCUCUAAUCACAAGCCCAUUAGCUAAAACCAGAUCCAUUAGAAGAGGAAAAAAGAAUCGCUAGGAGGGCUUGAACCUCCGACCUUGUGGUUAACAGCCACACGCUCUAGCCAUCUGAGCUAUUCCAGCUUUCUGAAUUGACUUAACAGUAUCAAUUUGGAAAAUUUAAAUUGGCAAGUUAGUCUAUGACUAUGAAGAUUAAUCACAUUUUAUAUGAUAAGAUAUUAAGAUU